AAGGAAGAGGGAAAGGGGCCUGGCUGUGCUUUGCAAAGGGCCCACGUUUCUGUUGUGGGAAGCUCCCGGAGGUCGCACGUGCGUCCGAGCCCAAGCCCCUCCCCACCACUCCCCUCCCCGCUUGCCCCGGAGCCGCCAAGCGGCUGGCUUCUUCUCGGCCCGCCGAGAUGGCGCUCGACCCCGCAGGUACCGGGGCGGGAAACGGGGUUUGCCGAGGGGCUUCGCCCUGGGUCUCACGCCGCGGGCCUGCACUGCGGGCUGGAGACCGACCUGGGAAAGACCAGCAUCUCAGACAUGUCGAAAAAGAUGUUUUGAUCCCUAAAAUAAUGAGAGAAAAGGCCAAAGAGAGGUGUUCUGAACAAGUUCAAGAUUUUACCAAAUGCUGCAAGAACUCUGGAGUUCUUAUGGUAGUAAAAUGCCAGAAAGAAAACUCUGCACUGAAAGAAUGUCUAACUGCUUACUAUAAUGAUCCAGCCUUUCAUGAAGAAUGCAAAAUGGAAUACCUGAAGGAAAGGGAAGAAUUCAGAAAAACUGGAAUUCCUGCAAAGAAAAGGCUACAGAAGGUUCCAACAAGCAUGUAGGCAGAUACUCAAAUGACAUUCAGGAACUCUAAUAUUCAUGGAAGUCAUUUUAUAGUAUAAAUCACCUUAACUAAUGAACUCAAGCAUGUAUGUUUGCUUUAAUUAUGGAAAUACUGAAAUAAAUAUUUUAUUUCAAAGUUCUGGUUUCUUAAAUGGGAAAGGAGUAGUUACUGAAGUGGGAUAUGGUUUUCCUGGUCUUUUUGGACCUUUCGAAAGGUUUUCCACAACUGUAGUUCUAUAACAGUGAUACUGAUUUUUUACAGUCCAGUAUGAUCCUUAUAUUACUUUUCUUCCAAUGUAUAGGCUAAUGGCUAAUCAUGGGAGCCAAAACUAAAGAAAAGCAGGAAUGGACAACCUGCAAAGGUGUUAAUAAUAACUAGGCAGUAUAGCAGGAUGGCUAUGAACCAGAAUCCUUCCUGAUUCUACCACUUAUUAGCUAUACAACUGUAGAAGUAAAUCUAAUACAGUUUGUGAGGAUGUACUGAGUAUUGCAUAUAGCAGCUACACGUACAGCGUGUAAGACAGUGCUUCAGACCUGGUGCAUGCUCUUAUAUUGGUAGUUACUGUUAGUAGUAGUACAGGCUCAUUUGGAAACUGUCUUAGUCCAUUUUUUGUUGCUAUGGGAGAAUACCCAAGACCAGGUAAUUUAUAAGAAAAAUUUGUUUGGCUUACAGUUCUGGAGUUUAUUUGCCAGCAGCUUCUGGCAAGGGUUUUCAUACUGCAUCAAAACAUAACAGGGUGAAAAAAUAGAAGGACGAACAAGUGUGGGCAAGCUUUUGUAACAACCCGCUCUCUUGAGAAUUUAUACCUGCAAUAAUGGCAUAAAUCCAUUCAUGAGGGCUCCACCCUCAUCACCCUAUUAACCUCUUAAAGUCUCUUAGUACUGUUAAAUUAGCAAUUAAGUUUCCAACACAUGAACUCUUGGGGGACACACUCAAACCAUAGCAGAACCAUAGAUAAGGAGAUACUUAUAUGAAUUAAUUUUACUUACAUCUUUGAUGUAGAAUUUUCUAAAACGUGUUCUUAACCUGAUAACUUGGCUACUGAGUCCUUUAAUCUUUCAUUUUGAAAAGUUAUCUUUCUAAGUGAAUUACCAUCCUGUAACAUAGUAAUGGACUCAGGAAGUAGUAUAAAAAAUUUGUGUCCCAAUUUAAUAAUUUGAACUUUUAUAUUAAAAGUUAUUUUUCCCCAUGAGCUGUUAACUCUUCCACAGCCAUUUUAACUAGUUUCAAGAUAAGUAAAUUUUAUGUAUAUUUUCACACAAUCCUCAUUAAAAGCACAAAUAGAAAUCACUACCCACUAAGACAAGGUUUAACUUUCCCUAAUCCCAUGAAAUAGAUCUGAGAGACUUUUUUUUUUUAAGAAAGAACUUAAAUAGGACACUGAAGAAUCAAUAGAUGUUCAAGUUCCAUACUUUACUCGAGUGAACCACUCAAAAAACUAUUUUACUCUUAUUUGAAAUACAAAGAAACCACAUUUUCCCAGGCCACAGAUCAAAAGGAGGGAGAUUACUAGAGCAGACAAAAGCAAAGCAAAUACAGAAAUCUAGAGACCACACAGCAUAGGGGCAAACCUGCCCAUAUUUCCACAUUGACCUUUGGUAUUGGUGUAUUUCCUAGAGCACAAGAAGUUACCUGUUUUUAGAGAUAAUGGAAAGGUUACUUUAAGAAGCUAGUGAAAUAUACAAUCUGUGACUAUUUUAUAGCUUUAAAAUCAGAAGUAGCCCACUUCAUGUAGAAAAUUCACUUACGUAUAUGUUGCUUUCCCCAUAGAAGCCAAAUUAGAUUAUAUAAUAUAAAUAAUAUGUUCAUCCUCAUGUCAAAGACUAAACCAUUCAUUGUAGACUUCAGAAUACCCAUGCGUAUCCAUACUGAAGAUUUUUUUCACCUGGUACAUCUGCCUCAGUUGUAUCUUGCUUGCUUAUGGGUGCCUGUUGAUAUUAUUCUGUUAAUAUGUGAUAACCCACAGGCUUUUUACCCCUUAACAUACACCUUCUCCAAGUAGCCUUUCUGAAUUAAGAUCAGUACUUUGUUGUCACAUGAUUCAGUUCUUCAAGUCUGAAUUUUCCCAUUUAUUUUGGUUUUCUAAUGUUUCACGUAGGCACGUUCCUGCUUUUAAGAAUUCAGUUACAUUUUGGCAGCAACUCGGUAAGUCUUACAGAUGUAAAUUUUACUUUAGCUAAUAAGGGAGCAAGAGGAAGGAAUAGGUGGCUUUUUGUUAUUUAUGUUCUCUUCAUUCUGUCGAUUUAUGGAUGUACUGAAUUGAACCUUAUAUAAAGAUUCAAAGGAAGCUCUUGAGAGCAAGUUUCAGCUAGUUUAAGUCAACAUAUUCAAUUUUAAAUAUUUAUAAGCUACAGAUGGGCCACUGUUUUUUUUGUUUGAAUUUUACCUAGAGCAGAGAUGAUCAAGUGUACAUUUAAAAGCUUCUAGCUGGGUAAAAAAAUUUUGGUUAAUCUUUCCUUACUAAAGAACCUUAUACAUCAUUUGUCUAGCACUUUAAACUGUCACAGUCACUGACAAAGUACACCUGUUUGAUAGCUAUCAUCACUGUACUGUUUAAAUGGAAAAUAAUUUUCUCCACUCAAAAGCUGGUUUAACAAAUGUCUAUUAUAUGAAUCAUAUUAACAACUAACAAUUAGUACCAGACUUUGAGAUAUAUAGGCAAGGACAGUGUUUCACAUCCACUUCAAUUUCAAACAAAAAUAAUUUAUUUUAAUUAAACAAUUUCUUGGUAUUUUUCAAAACAUUAAUCAAGCAAUUAUUUCAUAACUUUUUUUCUUUACAAAGGAAAAUUUCCAAUUUUGGUUUUAAAAAAGGUAAACCAGUAAGCUACAUUAGAGAUCAGAUACAAUAUACAGCCUAUGCAGCUAUAUGAGAAAUAGUUUUUGCUGCUUUGUUAUUACACAGGUAGUUGCUUCCUUCAGCUAAAGCCUGAAGUAUUGUAUUUGUUUUAUGCAUAUUGGGUUUGGUUCUAUUACUUGGCAGGAGAUUGUACUCCCCUGAGUCAGUAUGUUCAUUGGUCAGAAUAAAUUCCAGCAUCUGACACCAAUUCCAUUAAUCACAGACAAGCUUGAAUAAGUGUAAGAUAAUAGAAAGAAAAAAAUAUCUGGUGAAUGGUGAACAUUGUCUAUGUAUGUAUGCUAUUCAGUAAUAUAGUAGAAGAGAUCUGAGAUAUUCUUUUUGAGUUCAAGAUAUAUGAAA